CUUUAACAGCGUGGAGAGCAUAGCACAGUUUGGUAGUAUCAGUCCACCGCCAACGCUUAUAGAAAAUAUCGUAAGUGCAGCCAUACAGCGAUACCGUCUGACAAUUUACUAUAACGCAUGGAUGUAUUAAAAAAGCAAUAAUGUCAAAUAAGUAAAUUUGCUUGAAAGAUUGCUCAAAAUCCAAAACGCUUCUUAGAGGUGCAACGUGGCGUAUGAGCAACAAUUAAUUAGUAGCAAAUAAAGUUCACACGAGAAGCACCUGUAACACUUUUAUUGAUCAAGUAACUGUUUUGAGGCACUUCAAAGUACAACAAUCAACAAAACUACAAAAACUUUAAUACCGUUUAAUUAAGUUAUAUUUUGCCUGUGUAGAAUCAAAUGUCAAACAAGUUUUAUGCGUAAAAUUUUCGCAGAAAUAAAUUUCCCAUCAAACACUAUUUCCAGGUAUACGUGUUGUGACUCGCUUUACAACUCGACGCUAACUAAAUUCUACUAAAUUCCUUUUCCCGCUAAUAUACUUGAAGCUAAUGAACACGAAAAAAGGUUGAAUAUAACAAUAUGUCGUGUCCUUAACAGCGAGCCAUUAACAACAACAUGUCAGCUAAUAUAGUAAUAGCUUUCGUCCACAGAGAAAACCGGAAACAUUGCAAUUGCGAAAAAUAUUUCAUUUUGAUCUUAAAAAGUUUUACGCUGUUUCCAGAUUGCACUCGCCUACAAAGUGAUGACGGCAAAACAGGACAUGCCGAUUGUAAAGCUGCCUCUGCAAGCAACGAAUGCAUAUAGCAUAGCAUAAUGAAAGUGAGGGGCAUUGCGCGAGGUGCGGGGUGCAGUGUUGUUGGCAAUGGAAGCGGUCUCUAUGGCUAUGGCCUCUUGUAUGCCGGAUUCAUUGAUGCCCAAAUAUAGGUCAACAAUGUGCACUGGGCGAAAAUAUCGGAUGCAACGGAUCGGCGAACAACGAAGUAAACGAUAAACGACAAACGAAACGGGUGAAUGUGUGUGGGUGAGGCCACAAAAUGCCGGUGACAAUGAGUUUGUGGUGCCAUUUGGGGCGCGGGUCAUACGCACGGAAAAGACACGCACGCUGAUUGCCAAUGAUGAGGGUAAGCAAUUUUGGGUGCCAGCAGAGGAUGUAAUGAAAGCGAUGCAUAUCACAUCACAGCAGGGCGUCGAUGAUAUGAUUACGCUGGGUGAUUUGCAGGAGUACGCAAUUUUACGGAACUUAGAGAUGCGUUACGCAAAACGGCUUAUUUAUACCUAUACCGGCUCUAUGCUGAUCGCGCUCAAUCCCUAUCAAGUGCUGCCGAUCUACACGAACCGUGAGAUUGCCAAGUACCGCGGCAAGAAGAUCAGCGAGCUACCGCCACAUAUAUUUGCCAUCAGCGACAACGCCUUUCAGCAGUUGAAACGCGAUCGCAUGAAUCAGUGCAUCGUGAUUAGCGGUGAGUCGGGUGCGGGCAAAACGGAGAGUACCAAACUUAUACUACAGUAUCUGGCCGCUAUUAGUGGCAAGCACUCGUGGAUUGAGCAGCAAAUUAUAGAGGCCAAUCCAAUUUUGGAGGCAUUCGGCAAUGCGAAGACGGUGCGGAAUGACAAUUCGUCACGUUUUGGCAAAUACAUCGAGAUACGUUUCACGGAUGCGGGCAACAUACAGGGCGCAAAUAUUGAACAAUAUCUAUUAGAGAAGUCACGUAUUGUGGCUCAGUCGCGCGACGAACGCAAUUAUCACAUUUUCUAUUGCAUGUUGGCGGGUCUAAGUAAUGCUGAACUGACACGCCUCGAACUUUUGGAUAAAUCGCCGACAAAGUAUCACUAUUUAUCACAGGGUGGCUGUCAUGAAUUGCAGGGAAAAAAUGAUGCGAAGAAUUUUGCUGACAUACGCGCUGCUAUGAAGGUGCUCUCUUUCGGCCCAGAGGAAGUGUGGAGCAUAUUUAGUCUAUUGGCUGCCAUUUUACAUCUCGGCAAUAUGUACUUCAAGGCGACGGUGGUACAAAAUAUGGACGCCACUGAAGCCAACGAUAUUGUAAGUUUGCAGCGUGUAGCUUCACUGCUGGGUGUCACAAAGCAAGCUUUGGCCAAUGCGCUUACGUCCAAGACUAUUUUUGUGCAUGGCGAACGUGUUGUGACUAGCCUUUCGCGAGAUAUGGCCAUCGAAGGUCGCGAUGCAUUCGUGAAGUCGUUGUAUGGAGCGAUUUUCAUACGCAUCGUUGAGCGCAUAAACGCGACUAUCAAUACGAAGGAUAAGUCGUCGAAAUCGCUAAAUACCAUCGGUGUGCUAGAUAUAUUUGGCUUCGAAAAUUUCGCCGAUAAUAGUUUCGAACAAUUGUGCAUCAAUUAUGCGAAUGAGAAUUUGCAGCAAUUUUUUGUGCGACACAUUUUUAAGAUGGAGCAAGCGGAAUAUGAACAAGAGAGCAUAAUGUGGCAACAUAUCGACUUUAAGGAUAAUCAGGAGAUAUUGGACAUAAUCGGCAUGAAGUCGAUGAAUAUUAUGUCACUCAUUGAUGAAGAGUCGAAGUUUCCUAAAGGUACCGAUAGCACAUUGCUAGAAAAGUUGCACGUGCAACAUGGCAAUCGGUCCAUAUAUGUUAAACCUAAAUCUAAUCAAGCAGCACUUUUUGGUAUAAGACAUUAUGCCGGUGUGGUUAUGUACAACCCUAGUGGAGUUUUGGAAAAAAAUCGUGAUUCGUUCAGCAUGGACCUGCGAGAGAUGAUUGGAAAAUCGAAAAAUAAGUUUCUCAAAGAUAUUUUUCCACUUCAACUGCCUUAUGACACCAUGAAGAAACAAUUAACAUUGUCCGUAAAGUUUCGAAAUUCAUUGGACUUGCUCAUGCGCACACUAUCUGCCGCACAUCCCUUCUUCAUUAGAUGCAUUAAACCUAAUGAGGAGAAGAAAUCUAAUUUAUUUGACCGCGAGCUCUGUGUACGCCAGCUGCGCUACUCCGGCAUGAUGGAGACGGCACGCAUACGACACGCUGGUUACCCCAUACGUCACAGCUAUAAGGACUUUGUAGAACGUUAUCGCCUGCUGCUGCCGAAGCUCGGUCCAGCCCGCACCAGUGACUGUCGUCAAGUGACCGAGCAAAUAUGCAAACAAGUGCUACCCGCCACGGCUGAUUAUCAGUUCGGACGGCAGAAAGUAUUUCUGAAAGACCUUGACGAUACAUGGCUAGAAAAAGAGCGUGCGCGCAUUGUACUUCAAUCCAUUAUAGCCAUACAACGGGGCUUUCGGAAAGUACUCUUCCGACGUCAGCUGCGACGUUAUCGCGAAGCAGCGCUUGUCAUACAGAAAGUAUGGCGUGCCUAUAAGUGUCAACGCGAUUUCCUCAUAGCGCGCCAAGGCUUUCAUCGCUUGGGCGCUUGCAUUGCACAACACCAAUUGACGCAUCAAUUCACAAGUCUGCGCAGUCGUGUGAUCCACUUGCAGGCUUACUGUCGUGGUCAUUUGGCACGGCAGGCGUUUAAAAUGCGCCGGCAGCGUCAUAAGGAGCUGCAAGCGUUGCGCGCGUCGGAGGAAGUGCUAAUAAGACAAGCGCGCGAACAUCAACAGGCCGAGCGCGAGCGACAGUCACGCCUCAGCGCAAAUGCAGCGGCCGCAGCAGCAGCGGUGGCAGCGGCAGCCAAGCCGACACCUCAAACAACUCCCAUUGCCACACAAGCGCUUGUGAAUGGGCAACUCGCUGUGAAUGGUAAGAACGGCGUUAAUGGCAUGCCCGUUGCUGCGAAGCGGCAAAUCAAAGCAGAGCCCAAUGACAAUUUCAUCGAUUUGGAGUCGUCAAAGCAGAUUGUGGACGACGUGUUUGGCUUUCUCGAUGAUGCCGAUGUGAGUGCACCGGUCGUGUCGAAUGUCAGAGAAAAAUCAUUGAUGUUCGAACGAGAAUUGCGUCUGAAAAAGAAUAUACCCAUUAAACUGCUAUCACGUCCGGUGAAUUAUUAUGAGGCGCCACCAGCGCGUAAAUUGUCGAAUCAAACGAGAUUAUAAACUAGAAUUAGUUGUCAGCCGCAAUUAGAGUUUAAGGGUAUUUGUGACGCUGUACAUAGUUGGCUAAUAAUAAUCUAAAAGAACGAAUGCGCCUGAAAAUAUGCUAUUAACAUUUGUAGACUAAAUAGAAUAAGAAAUAUAUAGUAUUGUUACAAUUUAAAUGUGCUGCUGUGUGGCACAAGUUGUAGCCGCCAUUUUUCAUUUCAUACUCAUGACACCUUGCUUAUGAAAUACCGUUAGGUAACGUUACUAUCACUUGCAUAUCUAGCUAUAUACAUAAAGUAGUUAGCUUAUAUUUUCCAUUUAUGUAUUUGUAAUUAUUUUAAGCUUAGUGAUAAGUGUGAAAGAAGAAGCAUUGUUGAAACAAAAGCGAGUUAAUUGUAAUGCAAUGUAUUUUUAAAAGCAUUGCCUUGCCUCAUUUGCUUGUAUGUGUGCACAAGCCUUUAACGAUUCGCUUUAGUAAACAUACAUACAUAUGCGCACUUAAAUAUUUUAUUUAGCUUUAGCACGAUUGUAAAUAAAAAUUUGUUACCUUGGUUUGUUGUUGUAACAAAAGGCUGGCAUUUUGUGAAUUUUAUGCAGGUGCUUGUAGAAGAAUGUAGGCUUAAGUCUUUUAAACUAAAUAUGAAAUAUUUAUACAUUUGGUAAUUGCCUGAAAAAUUCGCACAUUUGUUGGUUAGCAAGCAUAUGUCACUGAAAAUCCGGAAAUGCAAGUUUAUUUUUGCACAUGUUCUAUUUAAAUUCACUAUAACUUAUGUAUGUAGUUCGAGCUUAGCAUUAAUAAAAAACUUUUGAAAGCUUUUA